AGAACAUAGACGUGCCCUCUCAACGUCAACUGCGAUAAUAUUAUAUUUGCAAAGGAAUUCAACAUUUGCUCCCGAGGAGUGGAUAGACUUGUUCGUUAGGAGAGAUGCUCUGGAUUUUACACUACGUCGGACUUUGUGCCCAAAUUAUCAGAGCAAAUAUGGAAGUGGAUAAUCGAGUCUCUGGAAACGCUCUGUUUACUGAGGUUCCUCAUGACAUCAUGUCGCGGGCUGGAGAGGAUGUGGAGUUAAAGUGUUCCUUCAGAGGGGCGAGUUCCUCCUCCGUGUCUCUAGAGAUACAGUGGUGGUACGCUCGACACGCUCAAGACUGGCCAGAGAAUCCUGGAUGGACAACCAAUCAGGUCCUUCCACAAGAAGAUACAUUAAUCAGGGAAACGAAAAUAAGUGUGGUCAAAGUGGUCGGCAGCAACAUUUCUCACAAGCUCCGCCUCUCCAGCAUCAAAUCCUCAGACGAGGGCACAUACAAGUGCAGAGUCAUCGAUUUCAGUGAAAGUCAAGCUCAGCAACACAGUGUUCAAGCGUAUGUUCAGGUACAGCCAGCUGAUCUGCUCCAACAGGUACACACACAGCUGCAGAAUAAAGGACCAGUCCUUCUCAUGGAUCAGACGCAAUACUGGAGCAACCGUCAGCUAAAAGAUGGAGAACAUAAAAACAAGUCAAACAAAUACAAACCAGGGGAUGAAGACCAUCGGAUGAUUCACCAUAAGAUAGCAGCUCAGAUGAGGCAGGAAAUGGACCAUCAGUUUCGAAAAGUGGGUCUUCAACACCAUCAAAAGGUGAACAAAACAAGAGCUGGAAAUAAACAACAAUCAGAGAGCAGAGAAUUAAUGUAAAAUAUACUGUAAAUGUAGGAGUGAAUUCCCUGAAAAUAUACUAACCUGAUAAUCAUAUGAAUAUUUUAUCAUCCCACGGAUGUGCACAAGAAGCGCAUGGAUGUCAUUUUAAACCAUUCUAUUGUUCCUGUUAUUGACUAAAGUUAAAUGACUAUUGUUAUAUUGGUUCAUCAAUAUUGAUUUUGUUUAUGGCUGAUUCUGAUAUGAAGAUUUGAAAGAUAAAACACUGAGGCCACAUGAUGAUCUUGAUAUAGCAUAUAUAAUGUUUGUAGCUACAUCUAUGUAUUAUGUUUACUCAUCUUUGGUCACGACUAUUGUGUGGUUCAUUACAAUCUUUGACGUAAUAGUUUCUAAAUGAUGUGGUUUAUUAAAAUCUUUGAAGUAAAAGUUAAUAAUCGGGCUUUUACAUACAUGUUUAAUACUCUGAGCAUUUUGUAGUACAAAUUCUAUUUCCUUUUUAUCUGCUGGGUUCUGAUUUGUUGUCCUGUAACUACUUUAAUAAUUCUGUAUAGAUGAUCUUAUAUACUGUCAAUUCUGU